GGCCGUUCUUUUCCUCGCCGCUCGUGCACGCUUACAUGCAUGUGGAACAUCUCGUAACUCGAUUACGCGCAGGCUAAGCGCGUUCACGCGGCAGCAAUAGCUAAUGUCAUUUUCGUUCAUUGCAAAGCAAGCGAAGGACUGGGGAAACAAAAUGUUUGGAGUUGUAGUUGUGGGAAUUGGAAUCGCCGGCUCUGUGAGGAUCAGAGACCUUCUCAAUCCGUUGCAGCAAAGUCCCUCGGAGAACCUGAACCUUGUAGGUUUUGUGUCAAGGCGGAAUCUUGGCCAAGUUAAUUCUGCAAAGCAAAUCAGUCUGGAGGAAGCUCUCCAAAGAAAAGACAUUGAUGCUGCUUUCAUUUGUACAAAUAAUACGAACCAUGAAGAAAGUAUAAGGCUUUUUCUCGAGGCUGGUAAACAUGUACUUGUGGAAUACCCAAUGGCACUGUCUUUAAAUGCUGCGCGUGAUUUAUGGCAGUUGGCUGAGCAGAAAGGAAAUGUUCUGCAUGUAGAGCAUAUUGAACUCCUUACAGAGGAAUACAAGCAACUGAAGAAAGAAGUGGUAGGGAAGAAGCUGGUGGAAGGUGUGCUCCAUUUCACAGGUGGGCCACUAGAUGAACAGCAGUCUGGAUUCCCAGCUUUUAGUGGAAUUGCACGAUUGACCUGGUUGGUUGACCUCUUCGGAGACUUGACUGUGACUUCAGCCAGUAUAGAAGACGUGAAAGAAGAUAACUAUUCUAAGCUCACUGCACAUUUCCUUACAGCAGAGAGCAGACCUCUGACCUGGAUUGAGGAAAGGUCCCCAGGUUUAAAGCGUGAGAAGAAAGUCAAUUUCUCCUUCACCACUGGGACUUUAGACACCAUGCCUGCAGCUUCAAGAGCUUCUGUGGGACCGUUUAUGCAAGAUCAGAAUCUGUUUGCGUUCAAGCUCCUUGGGCAGGUAUCAAGGGAGAACCUGGCAGCAGAAAAGAAAAGAAUACUCCACUGCAUUGACCUGGCUGAGAAUAUAAGGCAACUUUGUAAACAUUAAGAACCAUAUUUAUAAAGCAGUAUCUUGGUACAGUUCUGUAAACUGUGGAAAAAUGAAUGUUCCUGUCAAUUGUUUCACAUUUAGGACUUAGCAUCAGAAUUCCUGUUUAUUGGUAUGGUCCUAAGACCACGACCAGACAAAUUAUUAGAGAACUUUAGGAGCCAACCUGAUUUGUUUCUUUUUGGGGCUAACAAGAGAUGCUGCUGGACAUCGGUAUAUCCAUUUCCAGUUCCUAGGGUCUGUCCCAGAUGUAGUCAUGCAGCCCAGGAACCAAUAGUUAUGUUCCGGUAGGAAGGUAACUCAGGAGACUCUGAAACCUUGUAUCUACAUUCUGAGACUCCUUGAAUUGGAAUCCUUGUAAGACUUUAGUUAGGCAUGUGAAAUAUUUUUGCACUGAUAUGGUUGAGACACAACUUGUGUCUAAUGCCCUAAAGAUUAUUAUGGUGCCUUGUUCUUUUACAAUAAAUAUAGAAGUAUUCAACCAGUCAUAAGUAAAACCAUUGAACCACAUUUUCUUCAACAUUAACAGUUUCUUAUCUGGCAACACAGCCUGUUAUGUUUAAUUUUACAUCGAAUGCCUGGUUCUUAGGUUACGCUGUGACAUCACUCCUCAAAUUAGAAAACAUGAAUCAUCAGUUACUUAACACUUAGCAAGCGCUAGUUUACAAUA